CGCCAUCACCGCUGCCCACCCAGUCCCCCCCUCCGCCGGUUUCCCUCGCCAUGGAGGCGAGGCCGCCGCCGCCGCCGCGGGGCUCCGGGCCGCGGGCCGGGCGGCGGCCCUGAGGGCGAGUGGCGGGCCGAGACGCAGCCGCAGAACCCAGGCGGAGGCGCCGUCCUAGUCCCCAGUGGUCCCGCCCAACGCCCGACUUGGUUCAAAGGUCAGAGUUAGAAGAAGUCAAAGAAUUUGAAGCAUAAGAAGAAUUUGACAAAAGGAAGAUUUUUCUUUGCUGACUUUGAAGUUUUAAGAGACCACUUGUCAAGGAUUGCAGGUGGCUCUAGAUGGUAGCACAACUUUAAAAAGGGUAUUUAUGGAAUUCCAAUGAGUGGUGAUGGAUGAUGCAGUUCAAAUAACUAAGGUCAGCAUGGAUUCCUGGUUUCUUCUUGUUCUGUUUGGCAGUGGACUGAUACACGUCAGUGCCAGUAAUGCUACCACAGUUUCACCUUCCUUGGAAAUUACAAGAUCAAUUAAAGCAUCAACAGCAGAAUCAGUCAAAGAACAGAACAGAACUUCAAAUCCAACCUCAUCAGUAACUUCUCUUUCUGUGGCACCAACACUCAGCCCAAAUAUAACUUUGGGACCUACCUACAUAACCACUGUCAAUUCUUCAUACUCUGACAAUGGGACCACACGAUCUGUAAGCACCGAUUCUGUAGGCACUACCAUUUCACCAAAUGGAACAUGGCUUCCAGAUCACCAAUUCACAGAUGCCAGAACAGAACCCUGGGAAGGGAAUUCCAGUACUGCAGCAACCACUCCAGAAACCUUCCCUCCUUCAGGUAAUUCUGACUCGAAGGACAGAAGAGAUGAGACUCCAAUUAUUGCAGUGAUGGUGGCCCUGUCCUCUCUGCUGGUGAUUGUGUUUAUUAUCAUAGUUUUGUACAUGUUAAGGUUUAAGAAAUAUAAACAAGCUGGGAGCCACUCCAAUUCUUUCCGUUUAUCAAAUGGCCGCACUGAGGAUGUGGAGCCCCAAAGUGUGCCACUUCUGGCCAGGUCCCCAAGCACCAACAGGAAGUACCCACCCCUGCCUGUGGACAAGCUGGAAGAGGAGAUUAACCGGAGAAUGGCCGAUGACAAUAAGCUCUUCAGGGAAGAAUUCAACGCUCUCCCUGCUUGUCCUAUCCAGGCCACCUGUGAGGCUGCCUCCAAAGAGGAAAACAAGGAAAAAAAUCGUUAUGUAAACAUCUUGCCUUAUGACCACUCUAGAGUCCACCUGACACCUGUUGAAGGGGUUCCGGAUUCUGAUUACAUCAAUGCUUCAUUCAUCAAUGGCUACCAGGAAAAAAACAAAUUCAUUGCUGCACAAGGACCAAAAGAAGAAACAGUAAAUGAUUUCUGGAGGAUGAUCUGGGAACAAAACACAGCCACCAUCGUCAUGGUGACCAACCUAAAAGAGCGAAAAGAGUGUAAGUGUGCCCAGUACUGGCCAGAUCAAGGCUGUUGGACCUAUGGGAAUAUCCGUGUGUCUGUAGAGGAUGUGACUGUCCUGGUGGACUACACAGUACGAAAGUUCUGCAUUCAGCAGGUGGGUGAUGUGACCAACAGAAAACCACAGCGCCUCAUCACUCAGUUCCAUUUUACCAGCUGGCCAGACUUUGGGGUGCCUUUCACCCCGAUCGGCAUGCUCAAGUUCCUCAAGAAAGUGAAGGCCUGUAACCCUCAGUAUGCAGGGGCUAUUGUGGUCCACUGCAGUGCAGGUGUAGGGCGUACUGGUACCUUUGUCGUCAUUGAUGCCAUGCUGGACAUGAUGCAUACAGAGCGGAAGGUGGAUGUAUAUGGCUUUGUGAGCCGAAUCCGGGCCCAGCGCUGCCAGAUGGUGCAAACAGAUAUGCAGUAUGUUUUUAUAUACCAAGCCCUUCUGGAGCAUUAUCUCUAUGGGGAUACAGAACUGGAAGUGACCUCUCUAGAAACCCACCUGCAAAAAAUUUACAACAAAAUUCCAGGGACCAGCAACAAUGGAUUGGAAGAAGAGUUUAAGAAGUUAACAUCAAUCAAAAUCCAGAAUGACAAGAUGCGGACUGGAAACCUUCCAGCCAACAUGAAGAAGAACAGAGUUUUACAGAUCAUUCCAUAUGAAUUCAACAGAGUGAUCAUUCCAGUUAAGCGAGGUGAAGAGAACACAGACUAUGUGAAUGCAUCCUUCAUUGAUGGCUACCGGCAGAAGGACUCUUACAUUGCCAGCCAGGGCCCUCUUCUCCACACAAUUGAAGACUUCUGGCGUAUGAUCUGGGAGUGGAAAUCAUGUUCCAUCGUGAUGCUAACAGAACUGGAGGAGAGAGGCCAGGAGAAGUGUGCCCAGUACUGGCCAUCUGAUGGCCUUGUAUCCUAUGGAGACAUAACAGUGGAGCUGAAGAAGGAGGAAGAAUGUGAGAGCUACACCGUCCGAGACCUCCUGGUUACCAACACCAGGGAGAACAAGAGCCGGCAGAUCCGACAGUUCCACUUCCAUGGCUGGCCUGAAGUGGGCAUCCCCAGUGAUGGGAAGGGCAUGAUCAGCAUCAUUGCAGCUGUACAGAAGCAGCAGCAGCAGUCGGGGAACCACCCCAUCACUGUGCACUGCAGCGCCGGGGCAGGACGGACAGGGACUUUCUGUGCCCUGAGCACAGUCCUGGAACGAGUGAAAGCAGAGGGGAUUUUGGAUGUCUUCCAGACUGUCAAGAGCCUGCGGCUUCAGAGGCCACAUAUGGUCCAGACACUGGAGCAGUAUGAGUUCUGCUACAAGGUGGUGCAGGAAUACAUUGAUGCAUUCUCAGAUUAUGCCAACUUCAAGUAACAGGCGACAAGGCCCCGUGGACAGGAGAAUUGCCUUUAAUAUUUUGUAAUAUUCUGUUUUGUUAAUAUACCCAAAAUUGUGUAUAUAUCUUAUAACUGUUUUAGAAAUUGGUACAUAGGCUUCUAUUACCUAUUAGGUGGAGAUUUUAUAUGUAAAUGUGUUAGCACUGAUAGUCCUUUUUCCAAUGUUUUAUUGGGGAAUUAAAUAGUGUGAUGUUUGACUGA